UUGCACUAUUGUAUGCAAAUUGCUUCGAGUUGCUUUACUUUUACGUUCCCUUUUCCACCGUAAUUAAAAAGCCCGUGCUCGAGGGCUUGGAUGUAAACAUUCCCAACUACGACAUUUACCACAUCACAACGAAUUUCCCCCUGAUUACAACCCUUCAGUACUAGUCUAGUCUUUCGCGCCAGUUUAGCCAGACGAUACUUCUAUGCAAUCACUUCGCCCACCAUGUUAGCCGCUCGAGAUCAGGAGAACUUGGUUUUCAACCGUCGAAAUAGCGCCGCUAAGCGUCAGCAGACCCCGGGAGCAAGAUUUGCCAAAACACCGCUCAAGGUUCCGCUGAAUGAUGAGAAUGGCACGCACGCUGUCGGUGGUGCUAAGAGCGUUCUCGGAGGCAAAACAGGUGGCAACGAGAAUACUCUUAUAUCUAAGGGGAAGGGCUUGAGCAAGGCGAAUAUUGCUACACCCGCAAAUAUACGCAAUAGAGCAGUCCUAGGCGACAAGACGACCAAUGCAAAAGCCAAUGGCCAACAAACCGUAAACGUUAAGAGCGCAAUACGAGAUAUUGAGAAGUCACAGGUUAAUGGGUCGACAACCAUCCAACCUAAGAAGAAAUUGAUCGUUCAUGCUGAGGAAGAAAUCGAGUUCGCCCCUCCCCCUCCCAAAUCGAAGGGUAGCCCUUACAAGUCGAAGCUCUUCCCAGAUGGUGCCCUUGAUCUCAACGUAUUGGACCGCAAAAAUUGUUUUAACGGCUACCAUGACUAUUACUUCAAACCCGUCGAUGAGAAUGGCGUUCUUCUGGAGGAUAAGCAGUUGAUGAAGAGAAACAAGGAAGUUUUCGAGGAAUCCGAUAGGCGACUGUUGGAGGAAGUGGACGACAUGAAAUGGACCAUCCGAGGCGAAGUCUCAGGUAUCCGGACGAAGUCCCUCUUUGAGGACGACAGUGUAGAUCCCGAUGCUAAGGAGACCGGUGUCGAUGGAGUGCUCUCAAGCAUUCUAUCGGAGAACGUCGUUGGUGCUCUGUCUAUGGAAGACAAAACUAAGUCCCUACAACGAAAGGUGUCUAAGCCUGCAGAAGGCAGCAAAAUUCCGAAACCCACCUUUAAGUCCACGUUUGGCUCUAGGCGACCGCCCAGCGCGCAGGCUCAGGCGAUUCCUAGAAAGACGUCGUUGGAGAUGGAGGCGAAUUCACGAACAACGGUCGGCUAUAACAAAGGGCGGCGGGUAGCAGAUUUGCUUCAACGAGGGGUUGCACCUCCUAACAAGCCGAACCGUAUGUUAAGUCGUACUAAUUCAACAAUGUCCAACGACUCCGACAAGACUAUUACUUCCACCCAACAAGCCAACAGACGAGCUUCUAUCGAGCACCAGGCAUGGAAGGAUAGGGUUACACUCCUUUCUGUCUUCAACUCGGAAGACGACAGCGAUGAUGAUUGUGAGGUGGGCAAGGAUCUCGCAGUAGUUGAGGAUCCUUCAUUUGAGUUCCGUCUGACAAACUAAGAUGUUCGUCCCGGGCGUUAAGUGUCUGGCGUUAUCGGUCGACUUAGCAAUGUAUGAGGUGCAUGAAUGGCGUUAGGCUCUGAGAACUCAAGUUGGUAUUGUCAAUUUGCAGCAGAGUCUUUAAAAGCUGGGUUGAUAGGCCAGUGACUACAUUUAGGUAGUAUUUUUACAAACCGGGACAAUGCAAA